UGAUGCCUCACCCCUGCCUACCUCUUCCGGCAGCCUCUCCUUCCCCUAUUGCUUAACCUUGCUCUGGCUCCGGCUCUAGCAGGGUUUCUGUGCCAUUUGAGUUGAUGUAGUAGCAGCAGCUCCCACUUGGCCCCAGAGCCCAGGAUGGAGAUGCUGUCACUGCCACACCUACUACUGGGGUGUACUGGGGCUAGAGCAGACAUGUGUUCUGUGCCCCAGGCUGGAGUAGAACUGGAGCCCUGCUGGGGUGAAAGUUGGUGAAUGCAAGGGGGUAUGGCAGAGAGUGGUAGGAGGGGAGGGGAUGGGGUGCAGGCAUUGUAGGGGCAGCAGCUAGCAGGGGGGCAGGUGUCGAUGAAACGGGGAGAAAAUAGAGGGGACAGGCAUAGGGAGCAAGGGACAGGGGUCAAAUGGCUUGAUCCCACCAUCUGCCCACUCUGCUGCUGCUUUCCAUGCUGCAGCUGUAGGGGGAAAAUCUAAGAUGAUCUUCCAGUAAUUAUGUUCUGAACGUGGAAAAUUAUAACACAUUUAUAAAUUUUCCAGACAUAGAAACUAAUUAUUGGAGGGUUGUCUUAAAUUCGGAUUCAUCUUGGAUUCAGGUAAAUACAGCCCUUGCUAAUAACAUGGUAGCCCUUUUUGUCUGGAUCCAGCCUGGGGUGAAUUUGACACCUUGUGUUUGAUAGUUAGUGCCGAUACCACUAUAUUUGUUAUUUUUGAGAGUGGCAACAAGGAGCAAGGUGAAAUCUCCAGUACAAAAAACCCCUGAGAACUUGGAUAGGUAGAAUGUAGUUGUCCUAGCUGGACUUUGGCCAAGGGUAAUGACUUUCUUUUAAAAUGUCAUGCAGUUUCUUAUUAUCUCUAGGCAAUUGGAACUCAGACCUUCUUCUCAUCUUAAAAUCUGCCUCUCAGUAUAACCCUGUGCAUUGUCUUGCUGCAAAUGACACCGCUGAAUAAUCAAUAUAGUUUUGUAGUUUUCAAAAAAACCUUUUUUUUUUUUUUUGUUUUGGAGGGCUACAGCAACUAACCCUAUUUUAUAGAAACUAGGGUAGAUGCAACCACAGAAGAAAGGUGUGGGGAAACUGACAUAAAAACUGAUGUAAAAAUAUAGAUACUUACAGCUCUAUCUGGGUUAGUUCCUAGGUGAAUUUCUCUCCUGAUAGCAUGCUUUAACAUGUUGAUUUAAAAGACAGCACGAUUGGUCAUUAGCUCACUUUACGUCUGCUGUUGUAAUUAAAAUAGGAACUAGCAAAAAUGUUCUUUUCUUCACUUUAAUUUUACUUUUUUUCUGUGUUCUGUAGUAUCGUUUUCCAUUGUCUCUGUUAACACUUUAUCUUAUUUUUUUCCCCCCUGUGUGUGUAUCCAUCCUCUUCUUUCUCCCAACUUUCCAAUUUCUCUUCUCUUUCGCUUUCUCAUUAUGUGUUGUGUUCCUAACAUUGUGUAUUAGGUUCACUUUUUCUCACUUCUCUCCAUCUGUCCUCGGUAAAAUCUCAUGCUUGUUCCCUAUGCUUGUCUACUUCACAACUCCAGAAUCUCUCCCAUUCUACAGUAUUUUUACUGUAAUCAAGCCAGUGCAGAGUCCACCUGUGUGUGCAGGCUCCUCACAAGGUUGUUGGUAAGGAACUUGCUAGACAAGCUUUGUCCAGCAAAAAAAAAAAUUGGUUGUGUGCACAUUCUUUCUUCCCUGCACAAUGUUAGUAGCCUUUUAUCAUGCCAGAUUAUAUCUGCAUAUGAAUAUAUGCAGGCCAUGUAAGUGGAGAAUGCAGCAGGCCAAGCCUGCUGUGUGGGGCUGUAGCAGAGGAGCACAGGCUGGCCAUUAGGAAAAAGGGAAAGCCCUGUGUGUGGCUCGGGAGCCACAUGACUGGAAGGGGUGUGACUUAGAGGUAUAUAAACCUAGGGCCUGAGGUAAAGGGGGCACUUUGGCCCUGCAUAUUGCGGGGGAAGAAGUUCCUGGGAGAGAAGGGCUUCAGGAAACAGGCCGAUGGACACCCAAGCUGCCCAGAGGAGCUAGAUUGAGCAGCUAAAAGGGAAGAAUGGCUGGUGGGGGGGCAUUGACCCAGAGCAGUGGUAAAGUUUAGUUUGUGAACUGGUUUGCUUAUAUUUGUGUUGCAUUUAAGUCUAAAAGCGGAGGACUGGGUUGUGGCUAUGGAGAUUGUAUGUGUGAAGAGGCAAGAAAAACCCCUUUUGAGCCUGCAGCCAGAGAGAAAAGUAGCUUACUGGCCCAGCCGGAGCUGACAACAAUGGACUAGCAGCUGCCGCAGGAGCUCUGCUUUACUAGCAACUGCUCCAUCUGGAUUGGCCCUCUCUGCGGCUGUGCUGGUUUUUCAGGCCCACUGCCAAGAAUGGAAGGAGGCCAGGAUGGACAAGGGUGAAUGCAACCCUGGGAGCAUUGGGACACUAGAGAGAGAACCCCGGGAGAUGGGGAGAAGGUUGAUUUUUCAGCUCGGGAGCUUGGAGGAGCUUCAAUAGUCCAGGACACUGCCACUGAGCCCGCAACAGCGAGACCUGCAAGGAGAACUGGCAGGAAGCCACCCCAGGAGAGCAAGGCAGCUGCAGGAGAGCCGGAAACACUCCAGACAAGGUAUUUGAGGGAUAAAGUCUCUCUCUAGACCUGUAACUAGAAUGGACAAUUACUUUAAAGCAGCUGUUUGUGACUUGGACAAGCUACUUGAUGAAUUUGAGGAGAAUGCAGAUGAAAAUGAUUGCUUCAGGACAGCUCCAGAUCAGUGCAACUCAAAGCACCACUUGCUCUCUUCAGGAUCAGAUUACUUAAAACCUGUAUCCUUAACACCAAAAGUGCAAGAACAUGAUAGUAGUUAUACUGUAUCGGAAGAAAUCUUUUUUACUAGUCAGGUGGCAACAAAUGAAGCAAACUUCGAACAACCACAUUUCUCCUCACCAAAUGAAAAGAAUGUCACCGGGCUUGAUCUUCUGUCUACUGUGGAUAGUGGUGCCUCAGAUGAAAUUCAGCCUUCAAGCCUGGGAAGAGGUGGUAUACCUGUGUGCGAUCUCAUUAAUGACACAGGUAAUGUUAUCUGUGCAGCAAGCAGCCAGGAUGAUAUUCAGAAGUCCCAACCAGAGGGCUUCCAAUAUACCAAGGACUCUCUGAUUGGCUUUGAUUUACCAGCCGCUAUUCAUAUUUCAUCAAUAGACUACAGUGAUGUUUCAAGCACAGUGCAGCAGAGGAGUGGGGACUUACUAGUACAAGAUGUAGGGCAUCUUGCAACAAAAGAAUUGAGCCAAUUAGCUUUAAAAACAAAUGUAGCCAAAGUGAAGCACUUGGAUUCAUGUGGUGAUCAAACUAGGACACACAUUUUAAAGUCUGAUCAAGCUUUUGAUGAACUGGAACGAAUAACGGGCCUUACUGCUACAUCUCUCUUCAUAACGUCACAGACCCUGAAUGUGCUCAGUUCCAAAGACAAUACAACAAAUGAAAAUUUGCCUUGUGAAUUAUUAGAUAAAAAUGCAUGCUGUGUAAUAAGUCAAGAGGUGCAAGGAGGAUGUGCUGAUGAAAAUAUAGAUUCAGAAGAUGAAGGUAAUGUGGAGUCUGUGCCUUCUGAUCUACCAAAGAAUUCUGAGUUGCACAAAAGUAGUAUAGAGUUAUCUAGAAAAAGUGUUUUAGCAGACUCUUCAUUUAAAAUAGAGGAGAAAGUUGUAUCAGAUAGUAUAAAACGUGCAGAAGAGAAUUUAGGCAGGCCAAAACUUAAAACCAAUGAACUAUUAAACAGUGUUUCAGCUUCACAUGUAUUAGCUGAAGAAGUCCAAACCUCAUUGUCAUGUUUUCCACUUGCUGUUUCUAUAUGUGGUUCAUUAGUUGUACAAGAAGACACAAAUGGCCCUAUAUUUCAAGAUGAAAGAGUAGAUGUUGUCAGGGAUACUGUGACUCUGCAUGCAGGAAGAUCUAGUAGUGGCCUCCAUAAUAAGGAACCCUAUGAAAAGACUGAAUCUUCUGAACAGGAAGAAUAUUUAAACCAAAGUUGUUUAGAAAAAAAUGGAUUUACACCUGAAGAGAAGGGGGAUACUACCAGUAUGAUUAACAAAGAUAAUGCUCUACCAGUCAAAGCUACUGCUUCUGUUUUUCCCAUUACAGAAUCUAAACUUGAAUUUUGCACUGAUAUUCAGCAAGUUGAUGGUUGUGUUGAAAGUAUUGCUAAUCUAGUUUUAAAUGAUAUAGCUAUUGAGGAAGACUUUUUUAAAAAUGAUACAUUAAUAAGUGAUGCUGAGCUUGAUGCCUUCUUAAAUGAACAGUGUCUUCAGCCCAAUAUUGCAAAACCAUUAGAAGAAAAUAUCGGUGAUCUGCUGGAAUCUGAUGCAAUUCAAAUUAACUUAAUACAUAUGAACAGUCCAGACUUUAAAAACGGCAAUGAUACAGAAACAAAAAUAAAACUGAAGGAGAUUAGGGAGGUUCCCAGUAUUAGCAGUACUUGCAGAAUAGCUGACGUUGACUAUAAAUUUGAGUGUCCCACAGAGCAAAAUACAUCCGUUAUUCAGCAAGAAAUAACUCAGACUAAUAGUGAAGUACCAGUCCCUAAUGUACCUAUUGGAGGUGCUAGACCUAAGCAGUUGCCCAGUCUUCCUCAGAAAACUGUAGAUCAGAGAGAUGCAAGCAAGGCAAAUAUACCUGAGAGUGAACCUCCAGAUGUGAAUUCUGUAUUCCCAAAGGCUCCUUUCUCAGACACCAAAGUUAGUCCUGACAUAAGUUCCAAAUGUAAUCAUUCUGACAUAGAAAAUAGUUUGGAAGCUGGAGAAAAUCAAAUACCUGCAGGUGUAGAAGCUGUAGUUCUGGGACAGAAACAGCCAUCAUGGGUUCCUGAUUCAGAGGCACCAAACUGCAUGAACUGCCAAGUCAAGUUCACAUUUACAAAAAGAAGACACCACUGUCGUGCUUGUGGAAAAGUUUUUUGUGGUGUCUGUUGCAAUCGGAGGUGCAAGUUACAGUAUAUGGAAAAGGAAGCAAGAGUCUGUAUUGGGUGCUACAAAUCUAUCAAUAAAGCACAGGCAUUUGAAAGGAUGAUGAGUCCAACUGGUCCUAAUCCAAAUUCCAGUAUCUCCUCUGAAUGUUGUUCUGCUGUUCAACCUUUUCAGGAGGCUCACAUAUCUAGUACACCUAACUCUGUACUUAAACAACCAAGUGUUGAGGGGCCCUGUCCCAGAGAACAAAGGAGAGUUUGGUUUGCAGAUGGUAUUUUGCCCAAUGGUGAAGUUGCAGAUACAACCAAACUGUCAUCUGGGGUCAAGAGGUCUUCACAAGAUCAGAGUCCGGUAAACUCUGACUUACCAGAGACACAUACGGUUGAAAAUCUAGUAGAUGACUUCUCUGUAGCUGAUGUAAAACCAACAGAUGAAAUGCACAUUACUUUAGGACCUGAGAAAUUGCCUUGUGCAUCUUCAGUCGAUCCAGAUGAUGGCCAGUUACCUUUUGUUGGACAAAUGGAGAUAUUGCAAAGUUCUCAGACUGCAGUUCCAGAUGCUGAUGAAUUAUUGUUGACUUUAAAAGCUGAGAAAUCUCCUCCUACUUGCAUCAUAGCUGACCAGCCUCAUGAUGAUUUGCCUGUUAGUCCUUCAGAUUACAGAAUUCUGUGUGGGAUUGAAAAAUGUGUUAGCAAAGAGAUAAGCCUUAUUCCUGAUGACGAUGAUGGUUUUCCACCUCUCUUGCUUGGAAUGAGAGAAAAAGGAGAAGGUCCUGUAGUGGAAGAACACCCAUCUCAUCAGCAGGUUACUUCACUUCUCUCUGAAGGAGGACUGAAUCCAUUAACAUUUAUCCUAAACGCAAACUUCCUUGUGAAUGUGAAGUUACUUUCUUAUUCUCUGGAAAAGUGCUGGUACUUCUCAACAAAUGGACUACAUAGCUUGGGUCAGGCAGAAAUUAUCAUUUUAUUGCUGUGUUUGCCAAAUGAAGAUGCUGUUCCUAAAGAAAUCUUCAGAUUGUUUGUUGACAUAUAUAAGAAUGCAGUGAAAGGAAAAUUCAUAGGAAAUUUGGAAAAUUUUACCUUUACUGAAAGCUUUCUUGGUAACAGAGAUCAUGGAGGGUUCCUGUUUGUUACGCCAACUUUUCAGAAACUUGACGAUCUCACGUUACCAAAUAAUCCUUUCCUUUGUGGCAUUCUUAUUCAUAAGCUGGAAAUACCUUGGGCAAAGGUUUUUCCAAUUCGUUUAAUGUUGAGAUUGGGAGCAGAAUAUGGAGUAUACCCAACUCCUGUAAUGAGUAUCAGACACCGGAAAUCUCUCUUUGGAGAGAUAGGGAACACAAUCAUGAAUUUACUUGUUGAUCUUAGAAACUAUCAGUAUACCUUACAUACCAUAGAUAACUUAUUUAUUCACAUGGAAAUGGGUAGAAGCUGCAUUAAAAUACCUCUAAGAAAAUACAACGAGGUAAUGAAAGUGAUAAACUCUUCUAAUGAGCAUGUUAUUAGCAUUGGAGCCUGUUUUAGUACUGAAGCAGAUUCUCACUUAGUUUGUAUCCAAAGUGAUGAUGGAGCCUAUCAGACACAAGCAAACAGUGGCACUGGUCACCCUAGAAGAGUUACAGGUGCAAGUUUUGUAGUGUUUAAUGGGGCCCUAAAAUCAUCCUCAGGAUUUCUUGCUAAAUCCAGUAUAGUGGAAGAUGGACUAAUGGUACAAAUAACUGCAGAGACAAUGGAAGGCCUUCGUCAGGCUUUGAGAGACAAGAAGGAUUUCAAAAUUACCUGUGGAAAACUGGAUGCAGGAGACCUAAGAGAAUAUGUAGAUAUUUGCUGGGUGGAAAGUGAAGAAAAAGUAAACAAGGGAGUUAUCAGCCCCGUGAAUGGAAAAUCAAUGGAAGGAAUUUGGAGUGAAAAACUACUACAAGGAAGAGACUUUGAAGCAGAAGGAAAAGUUAUAAAGUGCACCGAAGUAUUUUAUUUUCUCAAGGACCAUGAACUUUCUGAUCUAACCUCCUCUCAGUUUGCUAAAGAUCUUGCUAUAGCAUGCAGUACUGCUCUUUGUCCACAUCUCAAAAUGCUAAAAAAUAAUGGAAUGAACAAGAUCGGACUCAGAGUCUCCAUUGAUACUGAUAUGGUUGAGUAUCAGGCAGGAUCUGGAGGCUACCACCUUCCUCAGCAUUACCUAAAUGAACUGGAUGGUGCUCUGAUCCCAGUGAUCCAUGGUGGAUCAUCAGACCCCACAAGUUUACCAUUGGAAAUGGAACUAAUAUUCUUCCUUACAGAAUCUCUCUCUUAAUGCAAAAAACAUUGUUUGUUAUAUGUGAUGUACUGAUUGGCUUAGAUUAACUGAACACCAAAGCUUUAAAGCUAAAAAAACACUAAACAUUUCUAGGUUUGUUAAAACAAAAUUAAGAUCAGUAGUAGACAGUUAAACUGGAUUUUGAUUUUUACAGAACUAACAAACUUCUGUGUUACCCCACCAUAAAAACAGGAUUGUAGAGUUCAAGCUUUCUUAAGUUUCUGAGAGUUUACACUUAAUAGUCACUGAAAAAGGCAAGGACUUAUCUCUCUAAGCAAGCUGUAGCGUUUUACUUGUAUGAACUAUCAAGCCAUAGUAUCUGGCUCUUGCCUCUUAACCUCAAGCAAAUGUUUUAGUAACAGUCCUUAAGAUAAAUUGUAGUUGCAACGUGACACUUGCUUUACAUGCAUAUAGAAGUGAUCUGUACUUCUGGUUUGGGGUUUUGUUUUGUUUUUUCUUUUUAAAACUUGUGAAGGAUAUUUAACUGCCACAAAGCUGUUUCUUGCCAUUGAGGUUCAAAUAUGAAAUCUUUGGGUUGGACUGCAAACCUCAAGUAAUGGUGCAUGUUUGGAAUCUGCCUGCAUAGUCUGAUAAUUGAUUGUGCAAGGGGAAUAAACAGCAAAACUUUCCCAUGUUUUUUAAAGAUUUUGUAAUUGGGGUUGUCCUGACUUUUAAAAUUGGCACAAUUGAUAAGUUUGGUGCUUUGGGAACUUGUGCUUCUAAACAGUUUUUUUUGUAUAGAAUAACUGAUUUCAUUAUGUAUUUAUAAUGGACUUAUCUCACUUAAAUGGAUACUAUUUUUGUAUUUAAUUGAUUAUCUCUUCUUUUGUGCUCAAAUGUACUAUUGUAUUUAGGACUUCUGAGAGUGAUUUAAGAAUAGGCAAGAUGACCCUUAAAGUAGUCUUCAUGUAGCAAUAAACUAGGCUUGAAGCCUGUAAUACCUUUUCUGCACCCUUGUCCAACUUUUGAGAUCUCUUGGUAGCCCUCUGUUUUCAGGGAGAACAGUGUAUUAAGUGUGAAUUUUCCUGAACGGUUUGCUUUAGCAUACUUGGUAUUCUUUGUAUAGCACAUAUUUUUGAUAUGGGGGUAUUAAGAAAUAAGAUCUAUUUAUGUACUCAUGAUGCAUGUAAUCUGUACCUAAGUACACAUUCAGUAAACUACAAUCAGGUUUGAUAAUAGUUGCUUAUCUGUUUACUAUAAGCAGAACCAAAACAAAUUAUAUCCAAAAUCUACAUAAUUUGUGUGAAACAUCAAAAUUUUAAGAGUGAGAAGUUAUCACAAACCUUAUUAUCUAGAUGCCUUGAUUCUUAUAGGGGAUAUUGAUAUGUUUUUGUAUCAAAAACGCAAUUUAUAACUUAAAAUCAAGUCAGUGCCCUUCUUACCUGCAGCUUGAAGACUCAUGUUAAGGGGGAGGCUCAAGAUUCAAAGUUUAAGCAGACAGACUGAAUUGGAUGCAAUUUCUUGAGAGAGAUUGCACACAGCAGGCUAGUGAAAGACACUAACGUACAGUAGAAACAAUAUGUCCAUUUUUUUGGAAAUAGUUAAUAGGGGGAAAAGUGGCGCAAACUAUGUUUGAACAUGAAUUGUCAAAUAAUAAGUAUUAUCAUGUUGUUUGUCAAUGUCAAAUAGAGCUUUACCAGAGAAAAGCAAUUCCCAAGACUUGUCUUGAUAUAGUGGUCCCAUAAUCCAUGGAAUACUAGUUUGUCCCACGUGUCUCUCUUUUUAAGGGAGUGUUUAAACUCUUUCCAUUUUAGUACAUUUCAGUUUAAUGAUCACUAACCAAUAAAACUGAUCAAUAUGUUUAACAGAUGCAAUAAGAUGAUAAUUCUUUCUUCUUUUUGUUUUAUAAAAAGCCCCUGACACGCACUUCUUGGCUUUUUCAUAUUUUGUCACAGGAAUUUUCUGUUUCCAGGUAUUUUCUUUGUUUAGCACUGCCAUUGCACCUGGAGCUCUUAGUCUGCCCCUAACCUGUAUUUAUACCUAAAUGUGACUUGUGUUGGUAUGGCCUGUAUCUUCAUCCGUUUCUCACCAACAAAUAAAUGGACAAACAUUUAGGUUUCA